AUUAAAAAAAAAGGGGAUGUAAAUCCAUCGCCAUCGUGGGACCUGCGUUGAAGAGAAAAUCUCCGGGUGUUGCAGGCUGACGUGAGGCCGCUGUAUCGAGAAGGAGUCCAGCAGGGAAGGAGGAGGGACGAAGCACCGCUGUACUGGAUGGUGGGGGAUGAUGUUCCCCUGCACGACCCGCUGACACACAGGGACCGUCGGACUGCUGCUGGUGCUGAGGAUUAUCCGUGAGGCAGGAGGAAGGAAGACAGGGAGGGGGGGGAGGCAGCAGCGAGCAUCAUCCAGAAGGGACCGUUUUAUAGUGAAGGCUCGCCGACAGAAACGCGGAACAGUAAGAAACUGAAGGGAAAUAAAAGGAAAAGAGUUGAAUUUAAAUCUGUGGGAGGGGUUUACAGUCAGCUAUUUUCGUAUGCUUAGAAUAGUGACUGUUAUUUCCAAAGGAUACUGGUCCUUAGGGAGGAAAGUCAGUUCUUGAUUGUUCCAGAAACGCAUGCACAUCCAACACAGCUGACUGGGAAACGCUCAGUUCCUGCGUUAUUAUGCAACUAAAUCUCAUUGUGUAGAAAGUGUAGGCCUACUACUACUUGUUUUUUCGUGCUGAGUUUUUUGUGGAGCAUUUGAGGCCAGCUGGGAUUACUGAGGCUGGUCUUUCAUUUUGGUGUUGGUGUGGGGUAGGACCGUUUUGGACGCUUGAUAGUCGAGGGUGAAGUCCACGGAGAGAAGAUGUCGGGUCAGACGCUGACAGACCGCAUCGCCGCGGCGCAGUACAGCCUGACGGGAUCCGAGGUGUCCCGAGCUGUGUGUAAAGCCACCACACAUGAGCAGACAGCUCCGAAGAAGAAGCACAUGGAAUACCUGAUCCAGGCCAGCCAGGAGACCACUGUGAAUGUCCCCCAGAUGGUCGACACGCUAAUGGAGAGGGCUGGAAAUGCCAGCUGGGUGGUGGUCUUCAAAGCCCUGAUCACUACACACCAUCUCAUGGUGCAUGGCAAUGAGAAAUUUAUUCAGUUGCUGGCAUCUCGAAACACAUUGUUCAACCUUGCCAACUUCCUGGACAAAACUGGAUCCCAUGGCUACGACAUGUCCACGUUCAUCAGACGCUACAGCCGCUAUCUGAACGAGAAGUCCUUCGCCUACAGACAGAUGUCUUUUGACUUUGUCCGAGUCAAGAAGGGAGCUGAGGGAGCGAUGAGGACCAUGUCAGUAGAGAAGCUGUUGAAAGGAAUGCCCACCCUGCAGAGCCAGAUUGACGCGCUGCUGGAUUUUGAGGUGCAUCAACAAGAGCUGAACAACAAUGUGAUAAACGCCUGCUUCCUGCUCCUCUUCAAAGAUCUGAUCAAAUUAUACGCCUGCUACAAUGACGGCAUCAUUAACCUCCUCGAGAAAUUUUUCCAGAUGAAAAGAAGCCAGUGUAAAGACGGGCUUGAGAUCUACAAGAGAUUCCUGACACGAAUGACCCGCGUUUCAGAGUUCUUCAAAUUAGCAGAGCAAGUGGGAAUAGACAAAAAUGACAUCCCUGAACUUACCCAGGCCCCAGAGAGUCUUCUGGAGUCCCUGGAGACCCACCUCAACACGCUGGAGGGGAAAAAGCCAGAGGAUAAGUCCCCAACUAAGGAUGCAACCGCGAACAACAGCACACCAGCUGCUGCAGCUGCCCCAGCAAAACCAGCGCCCCCAGCUGCACCCAGCAGGCCCCCUGCACGUCCUGGGCCUCCUGCCAAACCUCCUCCACCCUCUGUAACCCCCACUGCACCAGCUCGCAACAUUGCUGCAAGCAAUGCUCUUGAUGAUGGCUUCUUAUUGGAUCUAGACCCCAUGUCCUCCUCAUCAGCAGGGGGCGCUACAGCAACUUCAGGAUGGGGAGAUCUAUUGGCUGUGGCAACUCCGACCGUCACUGAUGAAGCCUCUGAAGCUCUCAUGGCGGAGGACGAGUGUGAUGCUGCUGCUGAUGUCGCAGCCACUGCUUCCCCUGCAGCCCCCGCUACCACUGCUGCCAAAGCUGUAACGGUGCCCACCUCACUGCCCGUCUCAGCCCCUGCUGCCCCUGCUGAACCUGCUGCCUCAGACAUGGACCUUUUCGGAGAUGCGUUUGCACCUUCCCCAGGAGACGGUCCUGCUGCCGUGGCUGCGGGUCCUGCUGCUGAUGCAUUUGCCGGAUCUGACCCCUUUGCCACGACGGAGGGGAGUGCAGACAUUGCUCCAGAGAUGGAUCUGUUCGCUAUGAAGCCCGUCGACACGGGGGCCAGCGCCAUCACCCCUCCCACCUCUAGUGAGGCGCCGACCAUCAUCGCCCCUAUCGCUCCCCCCGCUGCCCCAACCCCUUCUUCCACCACUGCCACCGCUACCACAACCGCCACAGACACCACCACCACAGAGUCUGCAGCCGCCCCGACUCUAGAUCUCUUUGGUGAUAUGCUUGAUAAGCCUGAGCAAAGCCCUACCACAGAAUCCAAAGCUGCUACCACUCCUAGCGUAGACCUUUUUGGUGCAGACCUUCCUGCUGUUUCGCGCGGGCCCUCUCCUUUGCCCGAACCGGCUCUGUCUGGGGACAUUGUGACCGACUCAUUUACAGCUCCAGAUCCUGUUGCUACUUCUCCAGUAACUGCUCCUGCUGCAGCUCCUGUCCCAGAGGCCUCCUCUCCGCCCAAAGCAGAGCCGGCACCUGUCAUUGACCUGCUGGAUUCUUUCAGUAGUCCUGCAGAGGAGACCCAAAGCUCUGCUCCUGGAGGGCCUGGAGAUGACCUGCUGGGAGGCCUGAUGUCCCCCACCCUGGCUCCCACUGCUGCCCCCGCUCUGGCUCCAGCCUUGGCUCCAGCUCUUGCUCCAGCCCCAGCCCCGCUGCAGAAUGACCUACUUGAGUCAGGGUUUGAUGCUCUGGGAUCCCUGUCUUCUCCCACACCCCCUGUACUCGCAGCAGCACUAGAACCUGCAACCACCACAACAGCGCCCUCUGGAGGCUUUGAUGCUUCAAUGUUUGGUGGAUUAGGUGAUCUGCUGAUGCCAGCUGUAACACCUCAGAGCACCGGGGGGAGCUCUGGUGGAAGCACAGCAGGAAGUAUGGGAACUCCUGUUGCAAUGGGAGGCACUGCAGCCGCUCCCCCCGCCACACCACCUCCUACCAAAACCAUAGGGGGAGACCUGGACUCAUCUCUGGCCAACCUGAUUGGAGACCUUGGAGUAAAGAAAAAGGACCCACUGGGUGAGAAGAAGCUGACAGGAGGUGCUAACUGGACGCCAAAGGUAGCUCCCACAAGCUGGGGAACACCAGGAGCCCCCAUGACUGGGGCUGCCCCUGGAGCUCCUGGUGCACCAGUAGCCGCUGCACCUGUCAUGGUGCCACCAAUGAGUGCACAGCCUGGCUUUGGCAUGCCUCCUGCAGGAGGACCUGGAGCUCCCUUGAUGCAGCCAAUGAUGGGACAGCCUAUGAUGGGACAGCCCAUGAUGAGACCUCCCUUUACUGGGGUGGUUGGAGCUGCUGCACCAGGAGCACCGCUCUCUCCAGGACCUGCAAGCCAAAGUGCAAAGAAACCCAAGGACCCUUUGGCAGAGCUCGACCUCAAGGACUUCUUAUAAUGCCCCAUGUGAGAGUUCAGGCUUUUGUCUUCUGGAGCAGGGCCCUCUGCCCUGUUACCUGGUGUCUGUUAACACCUCAGGAUGCCAGCCAUGAUCAGCUACUCAACCUUACAAGAGCCUCUUUUAUCCACCCCCGCCAUCAACCCCACCCGUCUCCUGUGUGAUGAUGUUGUAGCACAAACUGUGAAAGUGAAACAUAGCGGAUUAUUAUAUGAGGAAAAAAAAUACAAGCGUGUGCUUAUGUAGAUGUACUAAUCUUUUGUCAAAAGAAAAUCACUCCAAACCCGACAAAAACCACACAAAUGAGGUGAGUCAACGUGAAGGCGUAUGUGUUUAGAUUUCUUAUUUAGUGUUGAGUCGAAUGGAAGUGCUUUGGUUGUCCUGAGCUCCAUCCCAUAUGUGGUCUGCCUCCUUAUGAAGGAGGAGGAGCUCUCUUUGUCAAUCUCUGAUUGGAUAGAAGUGGUAAACAAAGCCCUGAUAGAUUUUCAACAGAAGUUGUCACGUGUUGUUUACAGAAAGGCCCUCUUUGAUGUGCUGUACAUAGGUUUCUCUGGCGAGGAUUAUGUAUCUAUUCUGUGUGUCUGUUGAAGAGAAAUAUAAAUGUGAAUCUGACAUGAAAUUGUAAGAAGUUGUGUGAGUAUCCUUCCUUUUCCCGUCAUCUUUUGAAAGUGUUUAAAAACAAAAAUGAAUACGGCUAUAUGAUCAGUUUUCUGUAUAUUAACUUCUAUAUGGGCUUCUGAAUCAUACCAGACCAGGAAGUGAUCCUUUUCUUGAUUUUUCUACUCAUUUUUCUAUGUUCCUUUUUUGCCCUUUUGUCCGAUGUUAUUUCUAUGUGUUGUUGCUCCUAGAUCUAUCCCUCAAACUGCUGUCGAUAUGUGCUGGCAAUGCUAUUAAAGGACAUAUCUUGCAACUUCCUACGGUACAGAAGGCUUUGGUUAUUGAUCACAGAGGUAAACUCAAACUUUCCCUCAGUGUAACUGUACAAUGUCUACCUACAGAUUUGACACUACCCAUGUGGUUAUGUUUGUUGCCUGUGCUUUCAUCGUGAUUAUGACCAGGUCAGUGUGGUUAUUUCUGUAUUUAGAGUAAGUUAUUUUAUCGUUGUAUCAAACUCUGUGUUCAGACCAAUCAAACCAAAACUUAAACGUCUUUCAUGCUGAUGUGUGGUUGAAAUGGCAAUUCAGAUUUCAAAGCAUUCAAAACUCUCACCCUCAAAAAUCAGGAACAUAUAGGUGCCCUGCAUAGUUUGCAUCUAAAUAACAUUCUGUUUACAUUCACUUUUUAUCACAGAAUAACAUUUUUUGUGUCCUUUAGCUUAGCAAACGUGUUGAAUAAAUGUAUGGUCUCGUAAAACAUGAGAAGACGAUUCAUCCUGAAAACUUUACAUGAAGUGUUUACAAGCAGAGGCCUGCUCAUCCAACAUUGCAUCAUGGCACUAUUUGAUAUCUAAAAAGUCAACAGGGUACCUUUAAAUUCCAUAUUGUUAACCUGUUGUUUCAAGUGCAGUUGUAUAAAAUGAGAUAAAGUAACUGUUUCAAUCUGCACUGAUUUAAGCAUGAACGGAUUUAUUAAAAGUCACGUUUGAUUGCUGUCUGAACAUAUGCUCUGCUCAAGUUGUUUUAUUUGAUUGUUGCUGACCUUUGGCCAAUUGUGAAUUGAACAGUAAACAUAUUGUUAGCGGCCACAUGGGAGUGAUGUGUACAUUGUGUAAAUCAACAGGAAGCCCCUGUGCAUCCAGCCAUAAUCUUGUUUCCCAAAGCAUCCUAACAGAGGCCCCUCUGUUCCUGCACACUUGCCAUGUUCAACAUGUUCAUAUGCAUUUGGACAGCUGUAUACCACCGGAGUCUCAAGUCCUGUGCUGUAAAUCAGACUAAUGUAAAGUUUACUCAGUGUUGUCAUUUCUAUGGACUGAAUAAGCAAUUGGUUGUGAGAAAAUGUUGUGAUUCCGAGAAAAAAAUGGGAGAUAAUUGACAUUUUUCAUGGCUGAAUUAUUAAAAAUGUAUUUUUGUUUAGUUGUAAAUUCAUUUUAUUUUUUGAUGACCCUCCCCAGUGCAUGUAAGCCCUUUGAGGUGCAAUAAAUUCUAUGACCGAUUGAACUGCCAA